AUGAUUGCACUUGUAAUCUUAAUUUGCUCUUUAACCUACUGCUGGUCACCCGUUCAUGUCGGUGCUCAGUUUGCCUACCCGGACGUCUUCAAUGACCCCGAUCGAGAUUCGCCAAUUUAUGGCAAGUUUCCGGAGGGGUUCGCCUGGGGAUCUGCCACCUCUGCAUACCAGGUGGAAGGCGGCUGGAAUGCGGACGGCAAAGGCAAAAGCAUCUGGGACACCUUCGCACAGAGCGGUCGAUGCGCUUAUGGACAGACGGGCAACGUGGCCUGCGACAGCUACAACAAAUACGCCGAGGAUGUCCAGCUUGCCAAGGCUAUAGGCCUGACACACUACCGCUUCUCGAUCUCCUGGCCUCGUGUCAUGCCGGACGGCACCCGUGCUAGUCUCAACGAACCCGGCUUAGCCCACUACGAAUCCUUGGUCGAUGAGCUGCUCAAGGAAGGCAUAGAGCCCGUGGUAACACUUUACCAUUGGGACUUACCGCAGGCUCUUCAGGACAACUACGGUGGCUGGGAGAACGACUCGCUCGUGCCUCUCUUCAACGACUAUGCCGACGUAUGCUUCGAGCGCCUGGGCGCCAAAGUAAAGCUCUGGAUCACUUUCAACGAGCCCUACGUGGUCACUUGGCUGGGUUACGGUAUCAACGUCUUCGCUCCAGGCAUCUACGACCCGGGCUAUGCACCCUAUCGCGCAGCACACACAAUCAUCAAAUCACACGCUGCGGCAUACAAUACUUACAAACAGAAAUACAAGCCUCAGUACAACGGACAAGUCUCGAUUACGUUGAGUACCGAUUUCGGCCUGCCUAAAGAUGAGAACAAUCCAGCUCAUGUAGCCGCGGCAGACCGAUAUAUGCAGUUCACAGCAGGCUGGUUUGCUCAUCCCAUCUUAAAGAACGGGGACUACCCGGACGCAAUGAAAUGGCAAGUUGGCAACAAGAGCAUCGCCCAGGGUCUGAACGAGAGCCGGCUACCGGUGUUCACCGAGGAAGAGAAGCUUUCUAUCGCCGGCACCGGGGACUUCUUCGGACUCAACGCCUACACUACCACCGUGUGCAGCGACAAUUUCCGGCCUACGGAUCCCAACUACGAGGACGAUCAGGACGUGGAGCGCUAUCAGCCCGAUAACUGGCCCACGUCCGGCAGCGACUGGCUUCGCCCUGUGCCUUGGGGCAUGCGUAGACUGUUAAACUGGGUUGAUAAGGAGUACGGUAAACCCAUCUACAUCACCGAAAAUGGAGUCUCUACUGCCGAUGUGGCCGAGCUAAAUGAUGAGACCAGAGUUACCUUCUACAAGGCUUACAUCAAUGAGGUUUUAAAAGCAUCGAAACUCGACGGAGUGGACGUCCGCGGCUACUUCGCCUGGUCUCUCAUGGACAACUUCGAGUGGACAUCGGGAUACACGCAGCGCUUCGGCCUCCACUACGUGGACUUCGAAGACCCGGAACGGCCGCGGACACCUAAGGAGUCGGCCAAUUUCUACAAGAGUUUGAUCGCUUACAACGGCUUCGAGGAGAAGAGCGGGGCUGGAACGAUCUCGUUAUCUUAUCUUGCCCUCCUAGCCUCGUUAGUCUUCUGUUUUCUCAAUUGAUUAGGGAUUUUGUCCGAAUCACUAAUAACCAAGAGCAUUGACAAGGAAAAUGCAACUCUACUGACUAAUCCGAUUAUACUAGUUUUACGAAUGCGAGUGAAACACAGAAAAAAAAUGUAGUACGUCUGUGUCCCUAUUCGCCCCGAGCUGAAGUGCACCCCCAAUCGGCGAAAGAAAGACAGCUGGUUACAAGCGGGUCCUUGCAUGCGUUCUGCGCGUACGCAAAGACUAUACAUGCCCUGCAUCAAACGCGCAUAGACUUGCGCGCCUCAUGGCGCGUCUAUGCGAUGAGUACCUAAAAAAGCACGCCCUCUUUUGUUCCGCCCGGAGUGGCUACCACGAGGCCAAACAUACACGACACAGACGCACUACAUUGUUCCUUGUUCCACGAGCGCGAACAUGAUAACGAAUUCAUUUUCAAGCAAACUUGACGCGCAGUAAAGAUAUUAUAGGGCUUACAGUGCGUGCAAAUGCCCUACCUUUGAAUUUAAAGUACUUCUUGCAGUUGUGCGUUUUGCUUUCAUAGUAAAAAAAGCAAAAUGCGUUGAGUUAGUACAGCGCUUUACGCGCGGUUUGAUCUGAACCGUGCAAUGCAGUUAUAUAUAUCACACUGUUUGUUGCCAUGCAUCGACCAAUCUGAAUUUAGGAUUCAAGUUUGCCUGAAGAUAAGAUGCCAUACCUGCAUGCAGUGGCAACGCCCUCACACGCACAUUCUUGAACUUGACGCGCGCGUGCAUUUGGCAGAUCCCCACACUCUAUUGGUCAAAGAGGCAUGUAACGCGCGCGUACCAACUGACCACGAGCGCUGCGCCACUGCAGUAAUGGCUUAUAGUUCUGGUUGUCGAAUUACUAUAUAGGUAUAACGACAACUGCGAAACGACUCGCACAUGCACUGAAGAGGUGGUUAUUUGAGCCAAGAUUUCCACACAGAAUAAAAUUAUAGGUUCAAGCAACAACCAAAUCCGAAAACUCGAUACUGGAAAUCUGUUAAAUAAAUUGCUCAAACUAUGAAGACGAAUAAUUACCAACCAUUACAAAUCAGGAUUUGCAAAUAGGCUACAUACUUUUGAAGCUUUCAUUUAUCAGCUGCAAGACUGUACGUGUAAAUACAGAAAAAAAGUAAAAUUUAUAUUUCUGGUCGAGUUAACUGACGUAACACACUUUGAAGGGAAAACGUAAUCAAAUAGCUUUUUGCGUUAGAAUUAUAAAUUUUGUUUGACGGGUUGCAGUGUACAGACCAGAUACAAUAAUAAAUCAUGAUUUUACGAUCAGAAGACGUUGGUAAUGACAUUAGUUGCAAUCUAAAAUUGUCUGGCGUUGCUGGGCAGCAGACAAUGUGCAAUUGACGAUUCUUGCUUUGUUCACGAUCCCUCCACCC